AUGGAGCGACAGCGAGUGCACAUGCGAAUGCAACACAGAGAGAAGCAAACAGAAGAGCAAGAGAUAGCUGCUGGUGGCAAUAGGUCGGUUCACAACGAGCUGGAGAAAAACAGACGAGCUCAGCUGAGGCACUGCCUGGAGCAGCUCAAGAAGCAGGUCCCUCUGUCGUCUGACUCGAUGAGGAACACACACCUCAACCUGCUGAGGCGGGCUCAGCUUCACAUAAAGAAGCUGCAGGAGCAGGAUGAGCGUGCAGAGCAGAUGAAGGGACGCCUGCGCUGGGAGCAGAGAGAGCUGAGGGUUCGGCUGGAGCAGCUGCAGAGAGGCUCGGAGAGGAUGAGGAACGACAGCCAGGGGUCCCCCAUGUCCUCCGAGAGGUCUGACUCCGACAGGAAGGAGUAA